GAUCAUCGAAUAUUGAUCGGAUUAUGUUCGCUGCCUGCCCUGAGCUGCGGGUAUGAAACGAGCUAUCUGUGGAUCAAAUAAAUAAAACUUGUUCGUACAUUCAUUCCUCCUAGAAAGGUCGGAAGUUUGGAAUACUUCAAUCGAAAGCAUACCUGUACAGAGUUUGUAGCUAAUUGCUUAGAUCCGUGUCCCUUCUAAAAAUUUCAUUUUUGGCAUUCGUGAUUGUGGUGUUAAAUUUAAUCAGUAAGAGGCGGAGGAGAAACUAUUUGGUUGAGUAUCGAGUCUGUUGAAGAAUUGGUAAUUAAUUGAGUUGAUUGAUUCCUUCAGCCAGCCAUAACGAUGCACGCUCGCCAACGUAGCCCUGGAAAUGGUUAUAGGUCAGGUUCCAUGGGGAUGGGUAUGAAUCUAGCUGAGAGUUCAAUCAGAGGCGGCCAUGGCUUUUAUGGCAAUCGUGAUAGUGGUUUUGGCAGGGGUCAUGGUAACCCCAAAACUUUUGCUCAUACCUCGCAGCCACCCUUUCGCAAGGGCGAUAUUUUUAUGGAAGCUGGUCGUCUUGCUGCCGAGUAUUUGGUUUCUCAGGGUUUGCUUCCACCUAGUACUCUCCCUGUUAAAUGGCAUAAUUCUAGUUUCAAGAAGCACUCUAGUGAAUUUAGGGCGCAAGACGGAGAUGCUCCGCAAUUACCAGCGGAGGGGCGUACAUCAGUCCUUGCUCGUCUUGGAAGCUCAGUUUCUGACACGUCAUCUGGUCGGAGAAGGUUCGGUGUUGAUGACUUCAAAGACAAAGUAAGGAGAAGAGGGGGAAGUUUCCGAAGCAAUGGCUUCGAUUGGGGUCGUGAUUUCAAAAGGAGUGGCUCCUGGUCUGAUAGACCUCGAGUGUCCCCUGAGAGAAAGGAUAAUGAUGAUACUGUUGCCAAACCCCACGAUGAGGAGCAGCAGCAGCAAGCUGUUGGUACUGAUAAUGUUUUGCAAACGUCUAACUCGACUGGGUUUGUGCCAAAAUGUGAGGAUGGGGGUGAUCUAGAUGCUGGGAUAGACAAGGAGCCCGGUUCAAGUGAAACUGAAUUGAAAGCAGGACCUUCUACUGCAGCAAAUAAUAAAUAUAAUAUGGAAAGGGAACCGAUCAAGGCUUCCAAUAACUUGGACAAUAUCAGUGCAGGAGGUAAGGAGUUGAAGGAUAGUACUUGCGACGAUGAUAUAGAGAAACCAAGUAUCUCAAAUAAUUUCUCUAUUUCUCUCACUGGUCAAGAGAGUAAUACCUCUAGCAGGGUUUGCACUGAUUUGCUGACGCUAUGCAAAUCUGUCAAGGUGCCUACCAAGACCCGAUCCUCACUGACAUGCAAGGGUUUGAAGGUUGAUCCACUCAGGAACAAUGGGAACGAAAAAACUCAUAAUAGUGUGUGUCUUCAAGGACCUGAAAUCUCACCUGAAGAGUCUGUCAAAGGUUCAUCAUCCGUUGAUUUGCAAUCUGACAAAACUUCGGAUUCGAAACAUCUUGACUCAGAAGUUACCAAGGUGCAAUCUGUUUAUGCUGCUGACAACAUCAGAGAUUUACAUGCUACUUGUAAUGUUGAGCAGGUUACAUCUGUGAGCUCGGAAUCUUGUGAAGAUAGAGCUCACUUAAAUAGUAACAACCUAGAGUCCAGUCCCAGAUUGCCAGAGUAUGGAAGUAGCAUAUCCAUGAUUGAGGAAAGAGGUGAAAAGCGUGCAGCAAAUGCUGAUGAUGGGAGGGAGGAAACCAAAAAACUAAAAGAGUGGCUUCCUUCCUUCGUCCCAAGGACCAAAGAUUAUUUCCUGCAUGGCAAGGCAAUUGAAAAGAACCCAGUGGAAGAUGAAAUUUCACCCCUUGAUAACGCAACUUUAAAGACUGAUCAUGGGAGCCUAAUGAGUAAUCCUCAGUUCAUACAAGGUGGAAAUAGACCAUUUCUUCAGUGUUCAGAGGAGAAACAAUCAUUGUCUAGUUCAUUUAGAACUUGUGAUCUGAAUCUCAUUGAAACAUCUGAGCUACAUGAUAAUCAUGAAGAUGAUCCAAUUCUUAUCUAUCCCUCUAUUUCUGAAACAAAGAAAGGGACAGAACCUGUUGAUAUUGAUCUAUCCAUAAGUCAUGCCAGUGUAUCUAGUGGAUUCAGUACUUGUGCAACAGGUAGCAAAGAGAUUGAAAUAAUUGAUCUAGAAAGUGAUUCUGUUCAAGAAGGAAGGCCCGCUGACAUUAAAGAUAGAAAGACAGAGGCUAUGUUUGCAGGCCUUGAAGGCUUUUCUAACCAUGCUCAAAAUGCUGGUGAAUUACAUGAUGUUCAGGACGGUGGUUAUGGGCUAAUGCUGUCAGAGUUGCUUGGGUCUGAUUUCCCGAACUGUUCUUCGGUGCCAGGGGACAUGAAUUCUGUGCACAAUGAAAUUGGUCUUCAUAAUGGACCGGGAACACUUGGUGAGGAUGAUUCAAUAUAUAUGACACUGGGAGAAAUACCAUUAACUUCUUUGUGGAAAGUGGGUUGUAUGGGUGCUUAUAAACCAUUUCUAGAUAGACAUGAGUCUGGUGGACUCAUGCAUUUGGGGUUGUUAGUGUGGAGCUGCUAUUGAACUGACUUCAUGGUCCAAGGCAGCUUUUUGCAGAACUGGGAGCAGCCACCACCACAAGAUUACGAGAAACACUUCUGAUCUGUCCCUUAAUUUAUCUAAGGGGACAUGAUUUGUUGGUAUGUACUCAUCUAGCUCUAUGUUGAAGUCAUUGGCUCUUCAGUGUAGCAAAUGAUGUUUUCAUUUUUCUUCCUUGUGAUCUGUUUGGAAUAACAUGUGCUGAUCACGUACCUUCGAUUGCCUAGAUGUUUAAUGUUAACAAGGGUGACUAUUGUUCCGUACUUUAUGAUUUAAUGUUGAAAUAGAUAGAUUCUCUUCA